AUUGUUUAUUUCAUAAGCACUUUGCGUACAAGGGAUAGAGGAAGUCUCUAGAAAGCUGUAGAGAUUUUCAGGGGAAGUAGGGCCAUCGUCUUGAGCUGAAGAAGAGAAGCUUACCUCAAGUGUGGUGCAGCCUGGGCUCAAAGGGUCACUGUGGGUGCUAGUAAAAUCAGGUGUAUCAGAAUAGGGGGUAAAUCUGCAGCGGAUAACGAUAUGGUGCGAAGUUUAAUUGGUAGAGGAGUCCGUGGACGCGGAGGAGGAUUUCGGGGCAUAUCAGUGCGCAGGCCAAUUAUACAAGACGCUCAGUCACCACCCAGAAGUGAUGAACCGAACCUGCGAGACGAGGUUAACUCCUCGUCAUCAGACGACUCAACCCAACCACCCGAUGUCGUAUUUGAGACUGAGUUCCCAGAACAAUUGGAUGGAACAGCUGUGAGUAAGAAAUGAGGCCGUGGACGAGCCAAGAUGACAAAAUUUGACAUGCUUUGGAAAAUGGGCCCGAUUCCGUUGCUUAUCAAGAAUGGAGACACUAAGGUGUCAUGCCAAAAUGCUAACAUUUUCAGUGGACGGGUGACAUGGAUAAUAAAGCAUUAUGCAAACAUGGGUUACAACCGUUGGAAUGAAGUGCCAGAAGCUGAACAGGAGGAGUUGUGUGGCCGUGUCCGAGCUGACUUUAUUGUUGAAUGGGAAAAAGAAAACCAUCGAAAGACUGUUAUUGACCAACUACGUAGACGGUUUAAUUCUUUCCACUAUGACUUACACAAGAUAUUCCUUGGGUAUGGGAGUACGAAAGUUGCUCUAGCAAGAGGAACCGAGUUGGUGGAUCAUGCAGUGUGGAGGAAAUUGUGCAUGCGCUGGGGUAGCAAGGAGUUCAAGGCCUUGUCGUUGCAAAACAAGGCUAAUAGAGGCAAACAGCUCACCAACCAUACUGCUGGCAGGAAAUCCUUUGUUCGAAUACUCGAAGAGCAGCGUGAGGGUGUUAAUAAUUUGGUCAAAUUUUUUAAAGAGACACGAUGGUCCAAGAAGAAGAACGGGUUUGUAACCGACAUGAGUGAAGAGCUGUAUGAAAAAAUGGUGGAAAAGCUUAAUGAAAUGCAGCCGGAAGAGCGCACUAAAGAGGCAGCAGCUGCAGUGUUUAGGGAGGUCCUAGGGAGGAGAUCAGGAUAUGAGAGGGGUUUGGGGGAGAAGGUAAUGCCUGUAACCCAUGGAAUAGCCCAAACUAGUAACAAUGGAGGUCUAUUGAGCCAGGAUGCACAGUAUUGGAAGGCGCAGUUUGAGGGGUUAAAGGCAAAUGUUCAGGAGAUUUUACUAAAGCAAGCAGAAUUUGAUAAAUUUAUGACAUACACUCAAUCACAACAACAGUCACAGGGGGAGUUUCCGAGGGAGACUCCAGGGGCUAUGUAAGAUAGUCUUGAGGUAGGUUUUUUGGGACUUUUUGGGAGAUUUUUGGAACUUUUGGACUAUUUUGAGAGGCAACAGAUUAUGGUAAUGUACAUAUAGUUAGUUGGCUGACAACAUUGACAUAUUUUGUGAGUGGCUUUCUGGAAUUAUCAUGUAUGGGUGUUUGCCAAGAGAGGUGGAUGCAUUAUAUAUUUGGAAACAAAGAUGUGGUUUUAUAAGUACUGCUUACAAUUUGAACUUUAUGGGUAGUAAUGAACUCCCUCCUGUCUAUAUAGACAGGUUGGGAUUUGGGUUGAUAAUAUGAUGGUAGUGAAGAGUUUGAUACGUGCGACAUUGCCGAUACAUGUGGGGGCGACAACCCUUUCAAACAGGUAUUUAUCAAAAACUGGCAUCUAGUUAAUUUGGUACUGAGUUCAAGUUGCAUUACUUUAGUAGGAUUUAAAUGGUUGUUUCAUUUGAAAGGGUAAUUUCCUGCAUUAUAAUAUAAGAUGAACUAUGGGGUAAGUUGAUCUUUGAUAAUAAUGUUAGUUAUGAAGUAAUUUUAGUUACUACAUACAGUUAUGAAAAUAAUUGGUUAGUUCUGAAUGGAUUGAGGAAGCAGUUUGGGGGGACUUAAUAACACGGUUAACCAAUUAUUUCUAAGUGGUAUGAGCAGGGUAAACUCAACAAUUAAUAUAUUUAGGUUCCCACAUUAAAAUCUAUUCACCUCAGGUAGAUGUUUAGUUAAAAAGCAAUGUAAUCUGAUGGAUGUAGUUUGUGGGAAUUUUAUAUUACUUUUCUAUAUUUAACCAGUGGGUUUUUGUAAAGUCCUUUGGAUGCAGGAAAAACUGUUGGGCAAGAUGAGGCUGAUGGGUGAUUGGUGAAACUAGUACAAAGAUGGGAGCAGUUAUGGUUCUAGACACAAAAGAUACCGAUGGUUCCAUGAUUGAAAGGACUCAAAUGUUGUCAAGCUAGGGUACACUGUCUGAAUAUAUAUGAUAAUUAUAGUUGUCGUGUAUUAAAUAUCCAAAAAUUAUUGCCUCAUAUGCGAUUGCACAGUAAGAAGUUGCUAAUUUAGGUAAAUAUGUAAUAGAGUGAUGGGUAAAUCACUGGUAGUGGAAUUAGGUGGAUCAAAUGUAUGGUACACCAAAACUAUGACAACUUUCAGGGUAUAUGAAGUUGCUGGAAUAUAAAUGAUACAAUAUUUACGUA